AUGUGGAAGCGAUACAGCUUGUUUUAAAUGUAACAAGUGUAGCAUGCAUUGUUUUUGCAAAGGAUCUACUUGUAAUCAAACUACCCGCUUCAAUACUAGGUGUGGAUCGAGUUCAAGUUGUUCUAAAUGUACCAAGUGCUCUAUGCAUUGCUUCUGCAAAGGCUCUACCUGCAUCCAAAAUACUCGGUUCAAUACUAGAUGCGGAAGCGAUACAGCUUGUUUUAAAUGUAACAAGUGUAAUAUGCAUUGUUUUUGCGAAGGCACUAGCUGUAAUCAAAAAACCCGCUCAAAUACCAAAUGUGGAAUGGAUACAAGUUGCUUUAAAUGUAGUAAGUGCGAGAUGCAUUGUUUUUGUAAAGGCACUAGCUGUAAUCAAAAAACCCGCUCAAAUACUAAAUGUGGAAUGGAUACAAGUUGCUUUAAAUGUAGUAAGGGCGCUAGCUGUAAUCAGUAAUUUAAGAUGUGGAUUGGAUACAACUUGCGUUAAAUGUCAAAAGUGCGAAAUGCAUUGUUUUUGUAAAGAUUGUUUUAAAUGCAACUCUAUUAAAAUGUAA